AUGAAGGAAUUCCUUGCACUAGAUGGAAGCGGAUAUCGAGAAGCAGAUGCCGUGAAUAAUAGCGAUUUCGCCUUGUGCAAAUUAGGAUGUGGAUCACCAGGGUUUACCGAGUUAAAAUUGGAGCCAUUUAAACGAGGCCAAACGGUAUACGAUACAAUCAUUAAUCAGGGUGAAACGGGCGGCUCUCCUACGAUGAUAUCGACAUCGUCACCAGUGAAGAGUGUCACGCUGCUUUGUGCUGAUAGUGCUGAGAACAAUGGCAGUGUAUUUUGGCGAGUCGGACUUGAAGUGAUGAAUAAUAGUGAUGAUGGUAUGAUGGCACAUUGGAUAGAGGCUGUACGAAGGAUUAACGACGACGUAUCCACUGAUGUAGUCGUCUUUUCUACAUGGUGCUAUACAUCAUAUGUGGAUUUUUUUGGUGUCGUUGAUGUAACGAAUUCCUCUGUACAAUUUCGUGUGUCAUCAUUUAAUGGUAGUGGCCUAAUGGGGCCUUUAAUGAGCUCCAAAUGGUAUACGGAAGAACAACUGGCUGGAGGAAAUCACAUACAAAUGGUUGUUGCUGACGAGCUGUGGAAGGACGAGUUGGCGGCGGUCCGAGUUGCCUUCAAGUCAACGCAAAUGUCUUCAUGUUCCCUCGUGCUCACCUAUAAUUCCCACAUGGGAGUUGAACAACGUAUGGAAUUCGUGAUGGACCGUUCUCGUGGUUUCCUUCUCGAUCGACUGGCGUUUGAUCAUCCGUACACCCUACGGUUAUGGCGCAUUGGUGCCGUCACGACGGCAUACACUUCACAUGAAUUUCGUACACCCCAGUGCUUGAAAUUGGUGCAUGAUCCAGCUUUAUGUGCACCACCACCCGUAAGUGAUAUAUCGUGGAUAUGGAAUUCGAGUGAGAAUGAAGGCAAUCGAAUUGUACUGUCAUGGACAUAUGGAUCACUCAGUCAAAUGGUAGAAGACGAUUCGCGAGUAGAACGUCGUGAUUCAGUUGCCCCCGCAGUGACGUCUUUUCCCCGUAUGGUGCAUUUCGACAUCGCCAUCAACCCUUUGGUCACUGCUACUCAGUAUCAAUGUCAGUUUUUGGAUGUACAACGACGCGUUGUGACAUGGACUCAUCGUUCGGUUGUUCUAUAUGUUCCCAACGAGCAUUGCAAUUACGGUAUUGAAAUUACCGUAGUGGAUUCACGUAAUCGACGUAGUACCACUACGAAAGCCCAAGUGAUUCGAUUCGAAGAGAAAUAUCAGAUGUUGCUAUCAGCUGAUGGAUGGAACACUGGAGUGAUUGUCCUAUCGUUGAUAGUCCUGGCAUCAUUUGUUACCGUAUCCGGUGGAUUGGUAGCUUGCAGGAUAAGAGAUCAUCGUGAAUGGAACACAAUCAAGCGAACAUUGAAGGAGCGGUGUCCCAUGCGAACGGUGAACAUGGUCCGGCUGUCGUUUAGCGACGACAGUGAGACACCGGUGAAUUCGACACCUAUCGUGAAAGGGAAUUCCACAACGGAGACGUCCGAUGGUGAUGACUGCUUCAAGGCGUUACCCGUUACUCCAACAACAGACGAUACCGAGUACGACACGAUUGGUACUCCGAAGCUAACACAUAAUCCAUGCCAAACGGGAAGAUGUUCUGGCGGAUGUCUAGCCGCCACUAUAAUCACUUCUGUAGCCAGUAUCAAGCCGAACACCUUGGCAGUGCCACAUGAUUGCUUGAUAGUUACUCGACGGCUGACGAGGUCUCAAUUUUCAUUAUGGACCACAAAACAUGUGAUGUGGCAAACUACUGAACAGACGUUUGCCAUUAAAUACUCGCAACAAGGCAUUGGGCUUCUUCGAAGGGAGUUCAAAAUUUUGAAUCAUAUCUCAGUGACUCAUCCGAAUUUGGUUCGAUGGUUAGGUGUUGGAGUUUGUAGUGAUCAGGUUCUGUCAUUAUUGUUCGAGCCAUGCAGUGGUGGAACACUGGCGAAUUUCCUUGACGAGGCUAAAAAAGUUCUUUCUCACAGAACCUCAUUCGAUAUGCCGUCGUUAGAGCACAAAGUGCACUUCUUAGCAUAUCAUCUUCAUCGGUUUGCUUUGAAUGUUGCUCAAGCAUUGGUAUACCAGCGGCUGCGUUGCGAGUUGCGGGUCUGUGCAUAUGUUUCGGCUAUGUUUCUCAAUAGUGAGCCUUAUUUACAGCAACCGGAAAUCUCAAUCAACGGUGAAAACUACUCGAGCGCGACUGAUGUUUGGCAGUAUGGGUUAUUCUUGUCAUCGGUGAUAACGUUGAACUCGGCACAGGCUCUUAUUUGCUUGCCACCGGAUGUACUUCUCACCGAUAGGAUCAUAAAAAACUACUACACGUGCCUUUCAUCUGGAAUUCGACAAGUAGAUCCAUAUAUGUCAUCAUUGAAAAGCAGGAUUCUCAUGUGCUUGACGUCUAAUGUUCGAAAUCGAGCAACGAUGAAGAAAAUCCAGGCGAGUUUCCACCGAGUUUGA